GCUUCAACUUUUCACGAACUUUUAAAAUAGGUACUGAAAUAGGGGAAAAAACGAUUAGAGUUCAUCCAGAGAAUUUAAAUGUAAAUCAUGCAGCAAUUGGUUUCUACAGUCAAUUGUUUUAUAAGCAGAACAAGGCAGAGUCAAACUUCUCACAAAAUAACUUUGCGAAGCCCUAAAUUUAUAUAUAGGACAACAACUAUUACUUUUUGUUACUUAAUUAUAUUUAUACCUCAAAGAAGCCGACCAAACGUCUGAUACAAGAUCAGAAGAACAAAUUAUACAUAUAAAAGAGUCUGUAACUCUGUAUCUAUUUAUUAUCCAUAUAUACUAAUUAUUCUGAAAACCUUUUCACGAACGUUCAGUUUAGUAUAUGUCCCAAAAAAGCUAUUUAGUUCUUCCGACAUUCAUUUCGGAAUUUGGAAUACUACAUAGAAAUACCAAACCCGGUAUAUGAAAUAGGGACAAAACAAACAAUGGAUAAAAAAUGUAAAGGUCUGAAAACUAUAGAACUAAUACACAUGAUAUAUAUCUUUAAAAAGUAACCCUAUAUCUCCCAACCGCACAAACAAAACUUUUAGCUUCUCGGCAUCGACCAAAGAAAGAUCAAGUAUCAAGAAAAAUCCGUGCAAGCAUACAGUAUCGACCGAUCUGUUCAAAAAUGGAUAUGAUUCCACAACUGAUGGAAGGCUCUUCGGCUUACUUAGGUACCACAAACCUCAGCAUCAACGCAAACCUUUCGUCCUCCUCCAGAGCCACCGCACCACAGCCACCGUUUUCCUCCUCUCCAUCGGCGAACUCAAGCCGUUACGAGAACCAGAAGAGAAGAGACUGGAACACGUUCGGACAGUACUUAAGGAACCAUCGCCCACCGCUUUCGCUUUCCCGAUGCAGCGGAGCUCACGUGCUGGAGUUUCUCCGUUACUUGGACCAGUUCGGUAAGACAAAAGUCCACACGACCAUUUGUCACUUCUACGGCCAUCCUAAUCCUCCUGCACCGUGUCCUUGUCCUCUUCGUCAAGCUUGGGGAAGUCUUGACGCUCUCAUCGGUCGUCUUCGAGCUGCUUUUGAAGAGAACGGAGGCAAACCUGAGACUAAUCCAUUUGGAGCACGCGCCGUUAGACUUUACCUAAGGGAAGUUAGAGAUACGCAGAGCAAAGCUAGAGGUGUUAGCUACGAGAAGAAGAAGCGAAAGCGUCCUGUUCCUACGUUGUCGGCUUCUUCUUCCUCCGCCGUAGCUAGCCACCAGCAAUCUCAAAUGUUGCCGGGUACUAGUUGUACUACCCAAAUAUCAAAGCUUGAGAAGUGACUACAUCUGUUUUUUUUUUAAAUGAGUAUUUAUGUAAUAUGAAAUGUGAAUUGGUCUCUUUCUUAUGUGUAUGCUGGUUUUAGUUUAGGUUCAUGUGUUUAGUUUUAGCAUCUGGUCGAAGAAGAACUAAGAGUUCUUUUGUUACUAGUGUAUGUUGGAGGAUCAAGGAAGGUAGGGUUUUGGUUUUUUAA